CCUGCUUAUGUCUAUUAGUUACAUUUGCGGAUAGUCACAGCACCACCACCCCGACCUCUCAUGUUACUGACUUUGCCGCCCGCCUCUCGAGUUCACAGACAGCCCAGCCCCCCGGGGUUCAUCGCUCGCUCGCUGGACUGCACAGCGCAGCUGCUUUGCGGGGACGGGACUUGUGAUUUCCUGCGUCUCGCAAUGUCUCUCCCCGCUGCAGCGGGAGCGGGGCCUGAGAAGCUGAUCUUCUAUGUGAAUGGGAGGAAGAUAGUAGAGAAGAAUGCUGAUCCUGAACAAAUGCUGUUGUCUUACCUCCGAAGGAGACUCCGUCUCACAGGAACUAAGUAUGGCUGUGGAGGAGGUGGCUGUGGAGCCUGCACUGUGAUGAUCUCCACAUAUGAACCAGUUUCCAAGAAGAUAAGACAUUAUUCUGCCAAUGCCUGUCUAUUACCCAUAUGUUCGUUGCAUGGCGUUGCUGUCACCACUGUGGAAGGCAUAGGAUGCACAAAAACCCGGAUACAUCCAGUUCAGGAAAGGCUAGCCAAGUGCCAUGGCUCUCAGUGUGGCUUUUGCACCCCUGGAAUGGUGAUGUCCAUGUAUAGUUUGCUGAGAAACCACCCUGAACCCUCCAUGGAGCAGAUAGCUGCAGCUCUGGCUGGUAACUUGUGCCGCUGCACUGGAUAUAGACCAAUCUUAGAUGGCUGUAAAACCUUCUGUAAGGAACCAUUUUGUUGUCAAAGUAAAGAAAAUGGGAACUGUUGCUUGGAUCAAGAAGACAAACUUAAAGGAGAGAAGAUUUCCACCAAGCUGUUUUCAGCAGAUGAAUUUCAGCCCUUGGACCCCACCCAGGAGUUUAUAUUUCCACCAGAAUUAAUGACAAUGGCUGAAAAUCAGCCAAAAAGAACUCUCGUUUUCCAAGGGGAAAGAACAAUUUGGAUUUCUCCUGCUAGCUUGAAGGAGCUUCUGGAUCUGAAGACUAAGUACCCCAAAGCACCUCUCGUUGUGGGAAACACCAGUGUGGGGCCUGAAAUUAAAUUUAAAGGGGUGCAUCAUCCAGUUAUAAUCUCUCCUGCAAGGAUCCUAGAUCUGAAUGUGGUGAGAUACACAGACAAUGGACUAACCCUUGGAGCUGCCUGCAGUCUGACUGUAGUGAAAGAUGCCCUGACAAACACAGUCUCAGAACUUCCAGGGGAGAAGACAAAGAUUUUCCAUGCUCUCUUGCAUCAGUUAAAAACUCUGGGAGGACAGCAGAUCAGAAACAUUUCCUCUUUAGGUGGAAACAUUAUGAGUAGAAAGUCAACAUCAGACUUGAAUCCCAUUCUAGCAGUUGGCAACUGUACCCUCAACCUGGCAUCAAGAGAAGGAACACGGUGGAUUUCUUUGAGUGACAUUUUUGCCAAUGGAGUUGGUAACAAUACCCUUAUGCCUGAAGAAGUCUUAGUCUCUGUUCACAUCCCUCAUUCCAGGAAGGGGGAGUUUGUAUCAGCAUUCCGACAGGCCCAGCGCCGGGAAAACUCUCUACCAAUUGCUAAUGCUGGGAUGAGGGUACUCUUUGCGGAAGGCACAGACAUAAUUAUGGACUUUGGCAUUUUCUAUGGCGGCGUUGGCUCUACCACCAUCUGUGCAAAACAAGCCUGUGAGGCACUCGUAGGGAGGCAUUGGAAUGAGCACAUGCUGGAUGAAGCUUGCAGACUGGUUCUUAAAGAAGUUUCUCUGCCGGGCUCAGCCCCAGGUGGGAAGGUGGAAUAUAGAAGGACUUUGAUUGUCAGUUUCCUCUUCAAAUUCUACCUGGAAGUGCUUCAGUCAUUGAACAAGAUGGACCCCCAUCGGUGUCCUGACAUAUCAGAGAAAUAUGGGAGUGUCCUACAAGAUUUCCAACCCAAAAUGCCCCAGAGUGAACAAAUAUACCAGGAAGUAAACCCAGAGCAGCUUCCCAGGGAUCCAGUAGGACGUCCCAUCAUGCACCAGGCUGGUAUAAAACACGCCACUGGUGAAGCUUUUUACUGCGAUGACAUUCGUGCUGUGGAUGAAGAGCUCUUCUUGACUGUGGUAACCAGUUCCAGAGCCCAUGCAAAGAUUGUAUCGAUUGAUACAUCAGAGGCCCUCAAAGCACUAGGAGUGUUUGAUAUUAUAACCGCUCAGGAUGUCCCAGCCACAAACGAGUUCUACUAUUACAGUGAUCCAGAGGUUAUAUUCGCAAAAGAUAAGGUAAUUUGCGUGGGUCAGAUUGUCUGUGGUGUGGUUGCGGAUUCAGAUGUCCAUGCCAAACAAGCAGCUGCAAAAGUGAAGAUAGAGUAUGAAGAUCUGGAGCCAGUGAUCCUGACUGUUGAGGAGGCUAUAAAGCACAAUUCAUUCUUUGAGCCACAAAGAAGACUAGAACAAGGAAAUGUUGAUGAAGCAUUUGAAACAGUUGAUCAAAUACUUGAAGGGGAGAUCCAUAUCGGGGGACAGGAACAUUUUUACAUGGAGACUCAGUGUGCACUUGUUGUACCAAAAGGAGAGGAUAAAGAAAUGGAUGUAUAUGUGUCAACCCAGCAUCCAGCACUUAUCCAGGAAAUGGUGGCUUCGUGUUUAGGGAUUCCAGCCAAUAGGAUCAUGUGCCAUGUAAAAAGAAUCGGUGGAGCUUUCGGUGGGAAAGUAGGGAAAGCUGGUCUGUUGGCAUCUGUUGCUGCAGUGGCAGCAAACAAAACUGGUCAUGCAGUUCGUUUUAUCCUGGACCGGGGGGAUGAUAUGUUAAUCACAGGGGGCCGACACCCUCUCAUUGGAAAAUAUAAAGUUGGCUUCAUGAAUGAUGGUAGGAUCAUGGCUGCAGAUGCCAAAUACUAUAUUAAUGGAGGAUGCACGCCUGAUGACUCUAUUCUGGUAGCAGAGAUAGUCUUACUAAAAAUGGAUAAUGCUUACAAGAUUCCCAACCUGCGGUGCUGCAGUCGCGCCUGCAAGACUAACUUGCCGUCAAACACAGCAUUUCGAGGUUUUGGUUUCCCACAGUCAGGACUGAUUACAGAAUCCUGGAUAACAGCCAUUGCAGCCAAAAGUGAUUUAUCACCAGAAAAGGUUAGGGAAAUAAACAUGUACAAAGAAACUGAACAAAUAUGCUACAUUCAAGAGCUUGAUCCAGAGAACCUGGUAAGGUGUUGGAAUGAAUGUAUGGAGAAGUCUGAAUACUACAGCAGGAAAACAGCUGUGGAAGAAUUUAACAAGCAAAAUUACUGGAAGAAGAAGGGGAUUGCCAUUAUUCCCAUGAAGUUUCCAUUUGGCUUGUGCACACGUUUUCUAAGUCAGGCUGCUGCUCUGGUUCAUAUCUAUAUGGAUGGUUCUGUGCUUCUAACUCAUGGUGGAAUUGAAAUGGGACAAGGCAUUCACACCAAAAUGAUCCAGGUUGCCAGCCGGGAAUUAAAGAUCCCCAUGUCGAGUAUUCAUAUUUGUGAAACAAGCACAACAACUGUUCCUAAUGCUUGUGCUUCAGUAGCAUCUGCUGGAACUGAUGUCAAUGGAAUGGCAGUAAAGGAUGCUUGCCAGACUCUCUUGAGACGCCUGGAGCCCAUCAUUAGCAAGAACCCGAAAGGUACCUGGAAUGAUUGGGUUAAAGAAGCAUUUGAACAGAGCAUUAAUCUUUCAGCUACAGGUUACUUCAGAGGCUAUGAGGCUAACAUGGAUUGGGAGAAAGGGGAAGGCCAUCCAUUUACGUAUUUUAUUUUCGGAGCUGCUUGUUCGGAGGUUGAAAUUGACUGCCUUACAGGCGAUCACAAGAACAUCCGAACAAACAUUGUUAUGGAUACUGGAUGCAGCAUAAAUCCAGCUGUGGAUAUAGGACAGAUUGAAGGUGCCUUUGUUCAGGGCAUUGGACUUUAUACAAUGGAGGAGUUAAAAUACUCCCCAGAAGGCGUCUUGUACACUCGGGGCCCGGAUCAGUAUAAAAUCCCUGCAAUCUGUGACAUCCCAGAACAGUUCAGUGUUUCCUUGCUGUCAUCCUCACAAAAUCCUUAUGCCAUCUACUCAUCCAAGGGGAUGGGCGAGGCAGGGCUGUUCCUGGGAUGUUCUGUGUUCUUUGCUAUCUGGGAUGCAGUGGCCGCUGUGCGGAAGGAAAGAGGAUUAACCAGGACCUUCACACUGAACAGCCCUCUGACUUCUGAGAGGAUUCGAAUGGCCUGUGCCGAUCAGUUUACUGAGAUGAGUGCGAAAGAUGAACCUGAGUCCUUCGUUCCUUGGGCCAUCUCCAUAUGAAUGGCAAACCGAACCAUGCACAAAGCCUGAAUGAACUCAUUGGUACUGAUUUGUUUAGGAGGGUGGGGGCUCAUUUAAUCAACAAACAUAUUUUAUUUUAAUUCAAAAUCUACCCUCUGGCUACUGAACAAUGAGCAUUACUACUUCAGCCCAUUCUCACACCUGAAUUUUCAGUUUUACUCCUAGAAACCUCUAAAUUGAAAGAGGGUUAUGCAAUAAGAUUCUCUCUGAUCAUCUUAAAUUGCCACUAGGGAGGAAUUAACUAUCACUUUAACAACAGUGCAAAAUCCAGGAUUUUUCAGAACAAUGGAAUUCAAAUUUAUCUCUAAAUAAUAUAGCUAGGUUCACUGAGGUAAUGAGAUGUGAGAGCCUGUGUUGAGCUAAGAGUGCACUGGGGAUGGGAUGCUAGGAUUGAGUGAAUAAAAAAUAAGUGCACUAAUAUUCCUGAGAUCAGUUUGCAUCCCAAUAUUCAGCUUAGGGCCAGCAUUUUAAAGACGUUUAGGCUUUGCGAAAGUGCCUAUGUAGGUUAGAUGCCUAAAUCAUAUUAAAAUCAAUGGGAGUUAGGCACCUCACCUGCUUAGAGUUUGAAAAUCCCACUAGGCACCGGUCUGCAUCUUUAGGCACCUGCAGAUGUUUAAUAAACUGGCCCUUAUUGGCUCUUAUGGUUCUAUAAAUGCCAUAUGUUAAUAGUUUAUGUAAAACAAAUAUUUUUCUUAUCAUUCUUGUGCCCAUGAAAGUCAAAAUAAGCAGCAGAUAGAGGUUCCCAUAAGAGGCCAGAUAAAAUGGCAUAUCACUGUUAAAUUCCAUUCUGUCAUUUGCUGCUGAGGCCUGAUCCUUUAGUCACAAAUCAUCCUUAGUCCCAUAAGUAGCCUCAUUAGUUAGUAAUAACUGUGCACAGAAACAUAAAUGGAACCUAAAGAGUGCAAAUAGCUUUCCCAUUUUAAAGCGUGUCUUGACAAAUGGCACUAAGCCAGACAUUUGGAGGAGUACCCAUCACUGAUCCAGAGACCCCCAACUAAAAUGUAGCUGUGGGAGAAGGGAGCUAUAAUGUGUCCAGGUAUUUUCAGUAAAACACUCUAACAAUCCAGUACAGUAUUUGAUUUCUGAGAGGCUUCAAAUAAGAUGCUAAUUUAGACUUCAAUUCUGCAAUAAGAUCUCCAUGCAUGGAUCCCAUGGCAGGAUCAGACCUAAGUGAUCAUGAUGAUUACCUUUUGAUCACAAACUUGGUGCAGCAAUGUGUGAUUUCAUACACAAAAGCUGCUCUGUGUUGGUGCUAACACCUGUGUGCUAAAAACAACUGGGAGGAGACAAGGGAUUUCAUUCUCCUUUGUGAUACGGAUGCAGCUCCACUGACAUUGCAUUGGUAUAACUGAAGCCAUUAGACUGAUUGUAAAAGAGAAGAAUUUGGCCCAAGAAAUCUUAAGGGUGACUUUGCUAUGGUUUCCCUGGGAGACCUUUUUAUUUUCUCAUGAUUUGAUCCAAAGCCCAUUGAACCUAUGGAACAAUUUCCAUUGACUUCACUGAGCUUUGGAUCAGGCCCUUGAUGAGAGAGUCUCUGGAAAGUAGUUCAGAACAAUGCCAUUGUGCACAACAGCUCAGGAUGAUAUUGGAACAAUCGGAAUGCAGGUGAGGAUUGCUCUUUAACUGCUGAUACACUCUUUUAGUCUCAGCAGGGAAGAUGGAUAUAAGGUAAGGUUAGAAGAUGUUUCACAAAGAUUAUCAAUUUUCUGGGUGUGGUGAUUAGAACUGUACUCAGAAGCACUAGUUUGAAGAGAUUGGAAA